GUGUCACGUGCCUGUCAAAGCUGAGCGUUCAGCGCAGCCGUCAACUCAACUGAGGAAGUACCGACAGGCUAACUUAGCUAACACUAAAACAGACCUCUACGAACAUUUUUCGUGUUUAAUAAUCGUGCUUAAAUCAAUAAAAAGAGGCGUUUUUGUUCAGCUUUCAGUAACAAAACGCUUUGUUUGAGGUGUCGGCGGUUAUGGAGUGAGAAGGAACAAUGUUUAGGAGUGGUAGCCGUCGCUUGCUAACUUCUCAGCUAGCAGGCUAACGAUCAGCUGUUGUUUUGGUUGGAGAGGGUGAUAGCUAACUAACUAGCCAAAGUGUGUAGCAUCAGAGAAGUCUGAGAAACCAGUUUAACCAGAUCAGAUUUCCUCAUUUGAAGCUGAAACGGCUCAGCCUCAGGUGGAUGGAGACACACAGAGGUGGACCAGCCUGAUCAGCGGUCAGUCGGUCAGCUGUUGUCCGGGCAGACGUCUCUGCAUACCGGGAUCGAUCCAGAAGAAGAGUCGGUGAUUAUAAAACUGCUCCAAGAUGCAUGACGCCUAUGAACCUGUGCCUAUUCUGGAGAAGCUGCCUCUUCAGAUCGACUGUCUGGCGGCCUGGGGUGAGUUGUUGUUGUUGUUGACACUGUUUUUGUUUCUCACAUCGACCCUUAAAUCCUCUCAUGGUCCCUCUGGGCUUUUAUCAAACUGCGGUCUCAGGUGUCUCAGAGGUUUCACAGACUGUCGACAAACUGACCGUUCACUACGGUGGCCCAGAACCGCCACUGCUGCAAAAAAGGAAUGUAAAUGAAAAAAGAAAAGGAGUCACAACGGAGAUGAUGCAAAUAACCUCGACCUAAUACCUGAAGAUGACAGUACUAGUACUCGAGAUAUUCCCUUUCAUUUAUUUAUUUAUUUUAAUUGAUUAUUUAUUUCAUUUUUCAUUUAUGUGAAUGUGUGUGUGUGUAUAUAUAUAUAUAUAUAUAUAUAUGUAUACGUGUAUAUUAUAUAUAUUUUAUUAUAUAAUGUACACAUAUAUAUAUAUACACACAUAUACACAUAUAUUUAUUAUUUAAAAAAAUGAAGCCCGCUGCAAAUAAAAAAAGAAACAGUGCAGAAAAAAAAAAAAUUCCACAACGGAAGUUAACAACGCAAAUAAAAGUGGUAAUACAUUUUUUUUACAUGAUUCAGAAAAAACAAAAAAUCCUGAGCUGGAAUUCCGGCACCGUGCCGGAGGUCUUCAAGCCCUGCACUUACUUCUUUGCUCGUCUUCUCACCGUCAUCUUCUGUGCCUAGAUCGCAAAACACCGGUGCAUCAUCAUUAUUGGUCCCCAGCUGCUCACUUCCAUUGUGGCUUUUUUUAUUUGCAGCAGUGGCAGUUCUUGGCCACCAUAAUUAAUAAAUAAUAUGUCUAGAUUUGUUUGUAUUUGUUUCUUCUUUGCGUUAUUUUUAGCUCUGCUCACCUGCUGCUAUAACAGAACAAUCUCCCAGUUUAGGAUUAAUCAUCAGCUUGUCUAUCCAAAAUUAGAAACCUUGAAUCAUGAGUGUUUCUCCCCUCAGAGGACUGGCUGCUGGUGGGAACAAAGCCAGGACAUCUCCUCCUGUACAGGAUAAAAAAGGAUGCAGGUACGAGAAGGAGGAGACGGCCAGCUGAUGCUUUUGUUUACUUUCACACAUACAGACCUCGGCUUAUUUUUAGAAUUUGAGUAAUUUCCCAUGUGUCUUUGGUUUUUUCUUGUAGGCACUAACCGGUUUGAGGUGACUCUGGAAAAGUCUAACAAGAACUUCUCAAAGAAGAUUCAGCAGGUAAAUGAGACAGCAGGAUGAGAUGAAGAAAACCAAAGACUAAUUUAAGAACCAGAAUCAGCUGAUCAGCCGUAUUAAUUGAAAUUAAUAGGACUGGGUGAUAAAACGAUAACAAUAUAUAUCAAAAAUUAAUUUCCCUCAAUAUCAAUAUUAAACAUGGUCAAUAUGCUUUGCGAUAGUCGGCAUAUCGGCUAUACGAAUAGCCAAUGAAAAGGGGAGUUUCUCCGGGUCCACUUCACGCUGAACCAAUCAUGUGUUGAAUUAGAACCAAGUAGCAAACAACUGCGUCGUAGCAGACAGCAGCUAUACCCAACCAUAGCACUUUAAUACGUGGAGCCGACACCAAUAAGCACUGUUAAAUUUCAUGAUAAACGUGAUCAACUGUUUCCCAUAUCGCCCAGCCCUACAUAUGACCAAGGAAUUUGACUUAAAUUAAACUAUUUAAUUGUACACAUACAGAAAAGGUCAAUAGUGCAGUAAGAAUAAGUGCAAAAAAUUAUGAUGAAUAAAGUAAACAAUGCCUAUUUUGAUAGGCUGCAUAUAUCUACAUUAGUUAGACAAUAAAAAUGAGAAAGUAUGCCGUAUGUAGAUUCAGAUAUUUCCAUGUGAAUGCAUGCUCAGAGAAGUAUGCAAGAUGUCUUUAGAGAGGCUCUGCUGGGUUUUUAUCAACAUCUGCAUCAUAGAGACAUUUGAAGUCUGAUAUUUCCUCAGUAAGAGAUCCACCUCCUGUGUCUGCUGUUAUUAUUAAAAAUCACACACCUGCCUGAUAGUAAACACAAGUUUAAUGAAGAUUUUAGCUCUGAUUUGAAAUGUUACCAGCCUUUCACUGUAGCUGAUCGCUGUUUGAUUUGAUAAUCAUUCAUGUCAGUACAUUCAGAUCAAGUUUAGAAAAGUGUAUAGUUAUUCUCAAGUACAUGGAUCACCCACUUCACAACACCUUGAUGGACCAAAGGGCCAAUGGUGGUGGACGGCUCCUCUCUCUUCGCUGCAGGACAGAAAGAUUCAGAAGUUCUUUUGUACCAACAGCCAUUAGACUUUAUAACUCUUGUGUAAAUAGUAGAUAACUUUUAGAGACAUAUUAUGUGAGACGACAGACAAUUGAAUUUCCCUUCGGGGAUUAGUAAAGUUCUUAUUAUUAUUAUUCUUAAUGAACAGGAAGGUCUGUCUGGUUGUAUUGGUUCAUGAAUAUUGGGGAAUCAGAGCAUGUUUACGUUUCUCACUCUGAGCUCGACAUGAUAUUUGCUUUUAUUCAUUUUCCUUUUCUUUUUCUUUUUGGUCUUUAAACUGGGUUAAGGUUUUAUUUUGCUGUUUAUAUAUUGGAUUGUGCAGCAGUCGGGUCAAUUUUGUUGUAAUAAAUGAAUUUUAAUUAGAGUAGAAUCAGAUUUUUAAAGAUAGUGAGAGAAGAAGAAGAAGAAGGACUUUAUUGACCCCCAAAGCAAAAUUCAGAUUCAAGGAGUCCCGUGUGAAAUUGUCGACUUAAUAACUGAACUCCGGUGUGUUUGAGGCUGAGGUGUAAUAUUCAGUCAGAACAUCUGAUUAGUCCUGAAUUUCUAACUCAACCUCUCCUUUUUGUGCCUCUGCUUUUUUCAGCUCUAUGUCGUCUCACAGUACAAAAUUCUCGUCAGUCUUCUCGGUAAGUUUCUCUCCCUUUUAAUAAACACCUAUAAAGCUGAUUUGAUUCUUCAGUGUUCAUGUCUUUUUAUCAACUCUGUAAAUAGCACUCCUUUUCAGUCUCCGAACAGAAAUAGAGUAAUCUGUUUUCUCCUGCAGAGAACAACAUCCACGUCCACGACCUCCUGACCUUCCAGCAGAUCACUGUCCUGUCCAAAGCUAAAGGAGCCACGCUCUUCGCCUGUGACCUGCAGGUCAGUUACAGCCCCUCUGAGGAUCCAGCCGGGGACUCGAGACAUAAAUCCUCCAUUGCUUAUUAUCACUUCACAGUAGCUGCAACGUUCAUAUAUCCAAAUCCCUCCUCUGAGACCUCCGCUCUGUCUCACAGUCGUACAGCCACAGAUGAGUCAGUUUCAUGUUAGGAAACUUGUUUCAUGUCCAGGAAGCUUUGAGUGAGCUGGUUUAUGGACCAUCAAAAGAGACUGCAAGUGGUUCAUAACCAGCAGUUCUUACAAGUCUAGACCCACUUAAUGCAGGUCAUCUGCUCUGUAAUUUACUGUCCUUUUUCCUGGAACUCAGAUCUGUCUUCAGUGUGUGUCAGGAUCAGAAAUUCUCGAUUUAUCCAAGAGGGAAAUUCAGUCGUCACAGUGGAGAAGUAAGAAUGAGGGAAUAUAAGUAGGAAUAUCAACAAAAAUAUUCCUUCAUUCUUACUUCUCUAUUGUAGAAAGAGCUGAUUCUGCAGUUAAUUAUAUGUUCAGUUUGAUAUCCUGGAGAGUUUUGAAGAUUUGGAGAAGGAACUAAGUCCAGGACCCAACAGGAGACCUGAUACUCAGAGGGAGGAGUUGGGCAGUUUAGGGCUGGACGAUAUGUCCUCAAAUCAAUAUCACGAUAUAUUAAUCAGUUCACCGCGAUAAUGAUAAAUGGACAAUAACUACUCCACAAGCUGCUCACCCCCUCCCACAUUAACUUCGUCUCCUUCAGCCACUACAACUUUCUCUCCGUCCUCCAUCUCCUCACCUGUCUUUCCCUCUUUGUUACAGACUGGAUGGGGUGGAGUCACGUCUCUGACGUAGGACAGUGUCUUAAAGGGACAUGAGACCAAAGCCUACCUACCCACAUUUAUUUGACACAGAAUAUACCGAUAUGGGCAAAAUGACGUCGGUUAUUGUCGUAAAUUUAAGUAUUGGUAAAUUUCAGUUUAUCGCCCAGCCCUAGUACAGUUUGAUGUCCACACUCGGGGUUGACCUGCAGUGCAUUUUGGGAGAAUGCGUCUGAAUUUACUUUGUGUUUUACCCUCCUAGAUGAGGCUUUACCAGCCUUACUGGCACGGUUAUGCAGUUCAUGUCAGAGAAGUGAAAAAUAGAGAUUAAUCAGAUAAUCAGAAAAUGAGAAAAACACACAUUCAUGUACGUUCAGGUUUGCACUUUAUAAUCUCACAUGCUGCUUCUGCUGAAUCCCCCAAAAACAGACAAACCUCAGGAGUUUAUGGACCAAUUUUCCAGAACAGAAGAAACAACAUGAUGUUUUUUUUUUCUCUCUAAAUUUGGAAGAGUGGAAGAUGCUGAGUGAUCACGUCUUCUCUUGUGUUGUCUGCGAGACUUUUUUGCAGUGUGUGCUUGUUUUUAUCUAAUGUGUUCAUGUUUUUUUCUAAAUUGCUGCUGCCAAAGAGUUUCAAACUGUCUUGUGUUGUUUUAAAACAAAGUCAGCACAGAUCUGUCUGUUCUUUUAAGCUCAUGUGCUUUCAGUUUUAUUAUUUUUAAAGUCUCUAAAUGGAAACAAACUUUGCAGGUGAUGGGCUCAAACAAACAAAGAAAGAAACUUCUCAUUAUUUCCCGGCACAGUCAGACAGUCAAAAUAACCUUUUUUUUGUAAUAUUUGUGUGUUUUUUGUCUCUAUUGUCUCUCAGCAAACCAGCUCAGGAGAGGAGCGGCUGAGGAUGUGUGUCGCCGUGAAGAAGAAGCUGCAGCUGUAUUACUGGAAGGACCGGGAGUUCCAUGAGCUGCAGGUGAACUGAAACACAUUUCUGACUCUGAAUUCUGUGAGUUUCCAGUCCUUUCAGAGAUCUGACUGUUUUCUUUCUGUCUGACAGGGAGACUUCGGUGCUCCAGAUAUUCCAAAGUCCAUGGCGUGGUGUGAAAACUCCAUAUGUGUUGGUUUCAAACGAGACUAUUACCUCAUUCGGGUAUGUGCUACAGGAAAGAAAAACACACAGUUUUACUGAGAGAGUGGUACUCCACCCAUAAUAUAUCUUAUAAAUAUAAAAACUUCAUCUGUUUUAGAGACGUGAUUUAUGAGAAUAGCCGUACAAACCACCCAUGUGGCCGAACUUGCCUCUCCUCUGUCGGCGUUUUUAUCUAUUUUCUAUAAACUGUUACAUGUUUCACGGCUGAAAAACGAACUUUUAAUUUCUUUCUUUCUAUCGAGGCGAACUACAAACUUUUCAAAGGUGCUCUUUAAGUCUUACAGAGAGAGUUUCAAAGACAGCCUCUGGGAGGAGUAAUACCUCUUUAAAUCUUCUCUCUGAGCGCCACUUUUGAAAAGUUCAGAAACAGUUCGUUCAUAAAUGUGUUCCUGUCGUCUCAGAUGGACGGUCGCGGCACCAUCAAGGAACUAUUUCCCACCGGCAAACAGCUGGAGCCUCUGGUCGCCCCGCUGGCUGAUGGGAAGGUUGCAGUCGGUCAGGAUGAUCUCACUGUGGUGCUAAACGAAGAAGGCGUCUGCACCCAGAAGUGCGCCCUGAACUGGACAGACAUUCCCAUCGCCAUGGGUGAGAAACAAGCACAACAACUAACACUUUUUCAGUCUCUUCUGCUCUGCUUUAGAGCUUUAUUUCAGCAAGAGUGAAUCUGUGUAUGACAGGAGCGGGGUUAGUUUUUAGGACGACACAAAAAUCUGUUUUUUUAAAGCCUGAAUGAAAGAGGUGGAGGAAGUGGAUGAACAGUAGGGGUAGUGCAGAGAAGAGAAAGUGAGAGAAGAGAGAGAGAAGUUGAAGUUUAUUUGUGGGUGUGGAAACCUGCAGAACCAAACUGUAACAAGUCGAGGAGUUUUACGUGCAAACACAGAGGAAAACGUCAGGAGUGUGGGAGGGGCUGAUGGCGUGUUCUCUUCACCUGUGUCCCAUAAAGAAAACAGGUGAUGUUCAGUCCAAAAUGGUGCUCCAACUGAGCAGAGGAGGACUUAAAAAUGUUCCUGUCUAGUGUCAUCGAGAACCGUGCAGAACCAGAAAUGAAUAUUCCCAAAUAUUGACAUCUGAAAAGCUGAUUUAGCUCGAGGUUUGACUUCAACUCUCAUCCGUUUGUCAGCUUCUGUCCACUUUUUCUGCCUCCAUCUACCGUCCCAGUCGAGCCUCCAAAAGUCCAAAAAUGAAUUGUAUGAAAAGAGUGUAUCGGUUUGAUUCUUAUCGACAUUAUCCGAACGACAGGGCCUUGUAUGAAAGAGUUUGCCCCUGAUAAAACUCCUUUUUAGAAACUCACAGGAUACAAGGAGGCGGCCUAAAGAGAAACAGGUUUUCGGGGUUUUGGCACAUCAAAAGUGAGGAAGAGCUUCUGUGGGGGGAACAGUUGUGACAGCUGGUUUCAGGGAAUACGCUCGGAUCUGUCUUUUUGAAAUCAUGCGGGUUUUUAUUUCACACUAAGACUACAAAGUCGAGAGAAAUCCGCCUUCAAUUCUUUCAGUGAAGCGAGAUCAGAAUCUGAAAUGAAUCUUUUUCCUCUUUCCAUCGUUUGAUCAGAUCUCGUCUGCUCAUGAAGAUCGUUUUAAUCAAACCCAGCUGUCCCUGUUUGAUCAGGCCUGUAAUAGUGCCGUCUGUUUCUUUCUCGUCGCACUGAUUGAGCAGGUUAGUUCACAUACCAGCAGCUGGUUAUGAAACAAACACCUGAUGAAUUCAGCGGUUUCUAAGUGCUGCCAAAAAUCAGACAGUUCUCGUCGUUCAGCCGCAGCCUCCAGAUUUCCACCCUGACUGGGCCGUGCUGCUGUUUCCACGAGUCAGAAUGGAAAACCUGAUUUUAGAUCAGCUUCUUUAUCAUGUGACCGAGACACGACACGUCUGGGUUACUUGUGAUGAUGCGUACGAGCGCCGGUGUUGAUUUAGAGGUUUCUCAGUCAAAAAAAAGGAAGAGCAGGAGGGAAAUGAAGCCUCAGGUCGCAGUUUCAUGUCACUUCUCAAAUCCUCUUUUGAUGCAGUCGGCUCUUUGGCUCAGAGUUUUAGAGGUGUUGAGUUUCAAAUGAAUCUAACUGACCAUCUUAAAUGUACGAAAGAGGAUAAGGGCCACAUGAAGAGAGAAAAAAAUAUUUUACAUGAAGGAGAUUAAAGUCGAAAUUUCCAGAUUAAAAUCUGGAAAUUUUGACUUUCAAUUGAAUUUAAUUUUUUUUAAAUCUUGAUAAUUUGACUUUAAUCUUGAAUUUUCAAUUUUUAAUCUCGAAAUUUAUUUAUUUUUUCAUUUCGACUUUUUCAAAUUAUGACUUUAAUCUCAAUUUCAAUUUUUAAUCUCGAAAUUUCAACUUUAAACUCGAAAUUUGAUUUUUUUUCAUUUUGACUUUUUUAAAUAUUGUCUUUAAUCUCAAUAUUUGGACUCUAAUCCCAAAAUUUUGACUUUCAUCUUGAAAUUUUAAUUUUUAAUCUCUGAAAUUUCGAAUUUUUUUUUUCAUUUUGACUCUUUCAAAUUUCGGCUUUAAUCUCGAAAUUUAAAUCCUAUAAAUUUCGACUUUAUUUACAUUAUUUAGAUUUUUAAUCUCAAUUUCAAUUUUUAAUCUUAUCUCAGUUUUUUUCAUUUCAACUUUUAAAAUUUCGACUGUAAUCUUGAAAUUUUAAUUUCUAAUCUCGAAAUUUCGACUUUAAUCUUGAGAUUUUUUUUCAUUUUGACUUUUUUAAAUAUCAACAUUUGUAUCUUGAAAUUUUGACUUUGAGCAGAAACGGAAAAUUUAAGAAAAAAUCUCCCUUCUGUUAUAUUUUUUCCUCUCCUUGUGGUCCUAAUCCUCUUUAGUAUAAAUGUCCAUUGAUGGAGAAAAUGUGUUUAAAAAGUUGAGACCUGAUCCAGAGACUCAUCUCUGUCCUUUUUAGACCUCCUUAAGUCUACAGUCAGAGGUUAGACCGGGUCAAAGCUUCAAGAGUAAUCAGCACUUAGACACUCAAGUCUGUAACUGAAAACUUUUCAGCUUCUGUCAGCAUUUUCAAGCGUUUAUCCUUUUCUCUUACAAGGUCUUCUUGCUCCAGGUUGUCUGUUUUAUCUCACUCUCUCUCUCUCUCUCUCUGCUCUUUUCGAACGUCCUCAGAGCACCAGCCUCCGUACAUCAUCGCUGUUCUUCCUCGGUACGUGGAGAUCCGGACUGUGGAGCCUCGGCUGCUGGUGCAGAGCGUGGAGCUGCAGAGACCGCGCUUCAUCACCUCAGCAGGGUGAGGAGCUCUGUCGUCUCAUUAACGGUCAAAUAUGAUCAUAUAUGAUGUUUAUGGCUUAAAGCUAGCAAAGAUCAGAAAUCCACUCCCUCAAAAUGAAAAGACCAAACUGUGAAACUAUAAACUGCACCUUUUUCGUGCUGCUCGCUCCAUUGUUGCGCCUUUUCUCUGAUCUUUCUUCCAUCCUUUCUUUCGUUCUCCUUCCUGUUUGAAAUGAUCGCAGUAAUGCGCGUCUCUCAUCACUUCAGUUCCUCUGGCUGUUUUCCGUCUCUAAUCUUGUUUUUCCUCUUUAUCUCUCUCAGGCCAAAUAUCGUCUACGUCGCCAGCAACCAUUUCGUGUGGCGUCUGGUGCCCGUGUCCAUCGCCAGCCAGAUCCGGCAGCUCCUCCAGGACAAGCAGUUUGAGCUGGCUCUCCAGCUGGCGGUGAGCAGAACAACCCCUCCAUUCACCAUCAAACCCUGUUAUUAAAUCCCUCAGGAUUCAAUUAGUGCUUCAGCUCCGAGGAUGGAACUCUGAGAUCACUUUUCUUCAUUAGAGCAGCACCAUGAAACAGAAACUCUAUCUCUAUAUCAAUCUCUCUCUCUCUCUCUCUCUCUUCUCCGGGGGCAUUUUCCUGGAAUUAAAAAAGGCCGCUCAUGUGCUUCUCAAAUUCGAGGAAACCAAAAUGAGUUUGAGCACCGGUGUGUUUAUUUUGUUUGUAUUGUUUUCCAGAAGAUGAAGGAUGAUUCAGACGGCGAUAAAAAGCAGCAGAUCCAUCACAUCCAGAACCUCUACGCCUUCAACCUGUUCUGUCAGAAGAGGUUCGACGACUCCAUGCAGGUGUUCGCCAAACUCGGCACAGGUAAUAAUCAUAAUAAUAAAACUUAAUUUAUGAAGAACUUUAUAAAAACAACAGUUAAUAAUAGAGAUGGAAAACAAAGCAGGAGUUGUAGAAGGCCAACAAACUUCAGACUCGAAUGUUUCAAAGGCCAACGAUCAAAACAAAGACGAACAACAAGAGAUUUAAUUAAUGUAAAAUAUCUGUAUUUAUAAUCCUGGUUUCUUUUAUUAAUUGUAUUUAAAGUGUAUCCCAUGUUUUUAUCUCCAGUGAAGUUACUCAUUUCUCUUUUUGUUAUUCGUCAAUUUAUGAUCGGUGUAGGACAGAGAAGAGAUUAGUUGGGAGGAGGAAAAGGGAAUAAGUCUAAUGAGGCGCUCACACCAAGCGCAAAUCAAAUUAAAUUAUCUACUCGCUUAAUUCGCGCGAAUCAAGAUGUGUGAAAAAAUAGUAUUUACUCGUUAUAUUUGUGUGUCAACGGUAAUUUCAACGGUAAUCCCUGCCAAUUAGAUCAAGUGAUAGACAAAGGUUUUUUACAAUUUACCAGGUAAACCGACCUCCUCACUCCUUUGUAUUCCGGUUUCAGAAAUAAAAGAAAAGGUAUCAUAUCAUUCAGGGCUCCCCUUAGAUGCCAGUGAACAACGAUCCGUUUUCAUACAUCAAACGUCAACCUUCGUGCUGAUUUAUUAUCGUGACGCGAAUAUCUGUUCAAGUUGAGACAUUUUCAGCUCCUGCCCAAUUCGCGUCAUUCGCGCCGCCAGAGCAGUACAAGCAUCUAAUUGCAUCUUUACAUUGACUUCAUAUGUAAUUCAUUCGCGCGACUUUUUACUCCAAUGUCCAAACAUAAAACAGUUUAAAACAAAAUAUAAAGAACAUGUUUUCACGGGAUACAAGGAUGUACAAUAAUAGUAACUAUUAUCAUUAUCAUCAUUGUUUUGUUAUUUUCACUGUGGUGGUUAUUUUUAUUGCUAUUAUUACUAUGAUGAUUAAUAUUAUUAUAUAAUAUUAUGAUAUAUAUUUAAACCAUUAGUGUAGGAGAAGGGCUGGGACUAGAUAAGUCUCGACUUCUUCCCACUCCUUUUUGAACUUGAAUACCUUUUUGUCAUUUGUUGUUUUAUUCUUUACUUUAUUGUUUUUUUAAAAUAUGUUCAAAAUAAACUUCAAUCAAUCAAUCAAUCAUGAAAAUAACACUUCUCUUUUUGUGCACUUGUUGUUCAAAAGACAAAUAUAUAAGAUGUAAAUAAAAACAAGAGGAGACUGAGUUUGUCUGUCUGACAUCUUCAGGUCUAGUGAUCAGUCGAGAUCUAGGAUUCACGCGAAGGUUCCUGCUAGAGGACCUCAGACUCACAGAUAUCAGAUGGAUCCAUUUAAGGACUUUAAACACAGGCAGUAAAAUCUUAUAAUCAGUCCUAAAACUCUAAGAGGUUUGGUUUUUCUCCUCUCAGAGUCGUCGUCUGAAUUCUGUAAGUCAGAGCUCGACUUUGUGUUUGCAGUAAGGAUGUGUGUUUCCAACUGAACCAGAUGUAAACAGUUAACAACAAAAGACUUCACAGUAAUGAUAAUUACUCAUGACUUAUGGGAGUAAAUAAUCGCUGCUAUUGAGGCUGUCAAGAUUAUUAUGUUAGCUGAUUAUUGUUUGAUAUGUUUAUGGAAUAAAAUGUCGCCAUCUGUGUUUAGUUUCAUUUUAAAUUCAUGUCAAAAUAAUCAGCAGUCUAGUUUUUUUUUAUUCUCCUCACAUGAACAACAUGUGCCGUCUAAAUCCAAACUCCUGAAUAUUGUCAAUAAAGUUUAAAAAUUAAUUAUUUUAUCAUUUCCUUUGUUCCUGUGCUCUGCAGAUCCCACUCAUGUGAUCGGCUUGUAUCCAGACCUGCUCCCAUCAGACUAUCGUAAACAGCUGCACUACCCGAACCCUCUGCCCACGCUGUCCGGGGCGGAGCUGGAGAAGGCUCACCUGGCUCUCAUCGACUACCUUACCCAGGUGUGUGUGAUGUUGCUUGAUUGAUUAGGAUGCAUUUUGUCAGAAAUCACUUUUGAUUGGCUGAGACUGACGAGGAUUUUAAUCUUCAUUUCCGUGUCUCCUCCGCAGAAACGCAGCCACCUUGUGAAACAGCUGAACGAUUCGGAUCCUUCGACGACAUCCCCGCUCAUGGAGGGAACGCCGACCAUCAAGAGCCGCAAAAAACUUCUGCAGAUCAUCGACACCACGCUGCUGAAGUGUUACCUGCAUGUAAGACCCUCACUGUCAUCCUAAACCGUGUCCAUAUUUAAGAGUUUACCUAUUUAUGAGUUCUUACUUUGUCAAGUUUCGUCGUGUCCUCUUUAAAACUCUAAUCCCAUUAAGAGUUUGGUGUGAAGUGUUUGGAAAAACUAAAAAAACUGAUGUGUAAAGAAACACAUCAAAUAUUUUUUUAUAAAAGUAUAUGCUAAUUUUAAAUUUGAUGACAGCAGUAUGCUCCAAAAAAUACUGAAAAGGUGGAGUAACCCUUAAAAAAAAACACCUGGAAGAACAUCUCCAAACUGAUAACAUGGAUUUGCAACAGGUCAGUAAAAUACGGUGGCCCUGAAGUGCAAAACAUGGCGGCAAAAGAUAAAACACAAAGGUUAAUGUUAUAUUUUCUCUUAUGUUGUUGUGUUUUGCAUCUUGGGGCUACCGUAGUGAAAAAACUAGAUAUUAAAAAAAAAAAGGUUCAGCGAGGCUGAGUCUCUCUGAGAUAAAAAUGGGGGCGGGGUUAACCACUCUGUGAGAGACUGCGAGAGCCGACGGUUCAGCAAUUUCAAUAAAAAUGUGAAGAAUUUGAGGGUUUAAUCACCGAUGGUUCAGGAGAAGAUUCAGCAGAUGUGGAGACCUCUCUGUUCAAAAGAGACAAGACCGAGACCAGAUGGUCGGGAUCUUUGGGUCCUCAGGCGGUGCUGCAACGUCCCCCCAAAAAACAGAUUAUGACAGCAGAGUUCAACACUGGACCCAAAAACAGAAGAUAAAACUGUAGAUUAGAUUAGAUUAGAUUAGAUAUGACUUUAUUUAUGUUUUAUUUAUCUGUACCAUGCAAAGAGGAAACAACAUGAAAACAUGAUCUGGAAAUGUCAGUGACUUUUCUAGGACUGAGACAAAGUAGAGAACAGUCUGUGGUCUGACAGUCAAAGAUUGACACUCUUUUUGGACAUCAUGGAGGCGUCCAAGUCCGAAUCCAGCCUCCCUGAUUAUUCUGGGGAUCAUCAGAGUCCAUGUCGAUGUUUAUCCUCCACAUCUGUGAAGGUUUAGGAGCAACAUCUGCUGCCAUCCAGAUGAUGACUUUUUUUCUGGGGCCAUUUUACAUUUUACAACAGAAGAAGCCAAACUACAUUCGAUUAGUUAUUUUUUCACUAUUUCCAUUUAAAUUAUUAGAAAAUCAUCAAAAUCAGUUUUAAAUCACUUUGAUAAAUCGAGGAGUUUGGACAAAAAUGACAGUGAGAGUACAGGCGGUACACUUACUGCUGCUCAUUCCUCUCUCUCUUGGUCUGUUUCCAGGUUUUCCUCCAUACACUGGAACAAAAUAUCUAUUAUAGAAAGAUUGAUACACACUUAUUCUGUAUUAAGUAAUCACUUUUGUCUAAGAGUGAACUUUUUUCAAUAACAUGCGGCUCUCAAAAACCUUGGCUCUCCUGGACUUGGCGCUCCUCACUGCCCACUUACAGUAACACGGCGUUAGAUCACAGCAGAGUCCGUCCAAACUCUGACAAACAACAGCGCCGAACUGAGGAGCCAAAUGGGCUCUGAGUUUAUAGCUCCACUUUGAAGAACCAGAACUGAAUCGGGUCAAAAAAGUUCUGUCAUCUCAGUUUUAAAGCUGCAGGUUCUGUGGGUCUGCUGUUGUUUUAGGGGAAUAAAAACGUUAGAAAUUCAAUUCAGGAGGCAAUCUGUGCGUCGAACUCAUCUGGGUUUAAUAAACGAAGAGAUCACAGAUACAAGCUGAUCUCUCUGUUUACCUCCUCCUCCUGUUUCAUGUUGCUUUGGCACAAUAAAGGCCGUGUUAACAGACGGCUGCUGGGAUAACCUUGAAGGUCUCAUAACACGCUCCUUUCCUCCUCUCGUUCAGACUAACGUCGCUCUGGUGUCGCCCCUCCUCCGCCUGGAGAACAACCACUGCCACAUCGAGGAGAGCGAGUACGUCCUGAAGAAAGCGCACAAGUACAGCGAGCUCAUCAUCCUCUACGAGAAGAAGGGUCUGCACCAGAAAGGUAAGAGCCAGACCGCCGAUCCACCCGAGUCCCUGAUCAUGUUCAAACAUCAGUAAUAAUAACUAGGGCUGUACUCAACCAAAGAAAUUCUUGGUCGACUAAAACCCUGAAAUUUUUUACCAAUGCGGCGGGGGACGACGCGGCUCAGCGGGGUCAAAAUAAACUGAUAUCAGCACAAGAAGGCAGUUAAACAUGAAACAAAAUAGAAAUAAAUAUUCAGCAAACCCCCAGACGUUGAUUGACAUGGAUGCUCUUCAAUCUUCCUGUCUUCAGCCGGUCUCCAGUGGUGGGGGAAAGUCCCGCCCUCCUUCGCCUCUGAUUGGCUAGAAGUGCUGGGCUCCGAUUGGUUAUUCCUUAAGGCUGUGAAACGUCAUCGUCUGUCAGGUUAGGGUUUGGAGAUUCAGAAGUGCGAUUAUGUUCUGUUUGAUGUACAGAUCCAACAGCCCGCGUUUGGCUUGAGCGUGUGAUGAAGUUUCCAGCUUUUCUAGCCAAUCAGAGGCGACAUAGGUGGGACUUUAGGUUGGGCGAAUCCAAAAUGGUAAAAACAAGGGGGGUGUUCUGAGACAGGCUGUUAGGGUAAGGGUGCUCUGAAAACACCCCCAUGGGCACUUGGUACGUUCCUUCUGAUGAAAUUAACCAUAGACUGUAAAUCGACACGGAAAAAAAUCAAGUCGACCAAUCAGAAUUCAGUCAGAAGUCAGAAGUCUGAGCUGAAAAUGACGUCACACCCGAGUUACGAGCGUUUCAGUUACCAAGUCGGAAAAAAUCUGAAAACAAGAUGGCUUCAUCUACGAAAGUUAUUUUAUUACCUGCCUUGUCCGAAUAAAAUAAAUUCAACUCGGACUUUCCAGCCCGAGUACUAACCCUGUUAGUAAAACAAAAUCGCUCUCUUCCACUUCACGUCUUUAACUAAGUGAAAUCGGAAAUCUUGCAUCACCAGGCAGCAAACAACUCAAACGAUUUAACCGGCUAGUAAACGAUAUAAAACUGGAGGUAAUUUGUUGUUGUGGUUUUAUCUGUUGCAGACCUCGGUGUGACAGCUGAAAACACAACAAUAAAACUCCACCGAACAUCUGUUUCCAGUCAGAGCGUCAGGCUGGAUGUUGAAUUUGAGGAUUGAGUGUUGAAAUAAUGAAGCUUUUAGUUUUCCUCUUAACCUCCUGAUUCAGAAACGUCACAUCGUGUCUGUGUGCGAGCUCCAAGUGUCAGUUUAGUGUCUGUAGCUCUGGGUACAGGGUCCAUCACGGUCCCUCUCAGAGGAGGUUUUUCCAGCUGCCUAAUCGUCAUUCAGACUCUGGACCGCUCUCGCUGCGAGAACAGCUGGGCCUAAUCGACCCGCCGAGAGUUGUGACUUCAUGCAGCUCACGUCUGCCUCUCCUCCUCUCUCUCUCACUCUCUCUCGGACGAUCAAAACCAGCUGUUGGAGCUCACCAGUUUACAGCGCCUGCUCCUCGUCCUCUUUAAUUAUGUAAUCCAGUGUGCAUCCUGCGCCUGCUACUCUCCAUCAUUGCUCCCGCUCUCCUCUAACUCCUCCUCCCCCUGUUUACCUCCACGCAGCUCUGCAGGUUCUCCUGGAUCAGUCCACCAAAGCCAACUCUCCUCUGAAAGGCCACGAGCGAACGGUGCAGUACCUCCAAAGACUGGGUAAGUCGAAGUUUUCCCUCCGCAGAUGAAAAGUUUAGUCUGAUUCAUGCCUGAAAAUGAUGAAAUUAGAGGUUUAAAUACACGGAUCGUACGUCUCUGUGGUUUAUUUUUUAAUCUGAGCUUCAACCUUGUGUCUCUCUGCUCGCCCUCAGGAGUGGAGAAUUUAGGGAUCAUCUUUGAGUUUUCUCCGUGGGUCCUGAAGAUCUGUCCUGAGGAUGGACUGAAGGUGAGCCGCGCUAACUUCUUAUUUUGGUCCGUCAGCGUAAACGGCGUCUUAUCUCUGCAGAGGAAGCUUCAUUUUCUUCAGCGACAGUCAGCACUAAGAGCAGAAAUCCUCUCCUCCUCUCACAGAUCUUCACGGAGGACCUGACCGAGGUGGAGACUCUGCCCAGAGAUAAGGUCCUAAACUUCCUGAAAGAGGGCUUCAAGGAGCUCGCCAUCCCCUAUUUGGAGCACAUCAUUUACAUCUGGGACGAUAAGGGCCCCGAGUUUCACAACGUGCUGAUCCAGCUCUACCUGGAGAGGGUCCAGGGCCUCAUGAAACAGUACCUCAACUCACUUCCUGAAGGUAACAGCAGGAGGAGGAGAAGUUAACCAGGGAGUAACUCACAUUUAUAGAACGAUGAAAGUCGAGCUGUUGGGCUCGUUUUUUAAUCUUUAUCUGGAUACUAAUAAAUUAAAAGAAGAACUGACAGAUCUUCAACUUUUUACCUCGUGGCAAAACAAAAAAAAGGAAAAAGGAGCGUCUGAUAUCUCCUCAGACCGUUUUUGGAAAUAAUCCUCCAGCCCAGUGAAAAUAAUUCUAAUUUAUGGUCUGAUUUUUAUGAGUUUAUUUCUCUCACGUCGACUCAUUCUACCUCCCCUCAGAUAAAACCUUUGUCAGGCCUCUUCAUGAAAACCAUCUCUCUCUCUCUCUCUCUCUGUUUUCCCCCCGUAAUGAUCCUCCGCCAGCGUGUAGACUCUGCAGAAAAGCUCAUUACCGUGCACUCUGCCUGAAAAAUAAACCAAUAAAGACGUCCAGUAAAAUAAAUAAAGGAGUUAGAGGUGCAGGUUAUGUCUCUGUGAGGGAUGUUACAGCACACAGCCGUGAUAUUCAGGGUUUACUGAGAUCCUCGUUCAUGAAAAAUAACUUUUCCACGAAUUUGAGCGUCCUGACUCUGCAGAUUUUGUUUUUGUAAACAGCUGCAGCAAACAGUUUUAUUAAUAAUAACGAUAAAUGCUUUACCCGCUGUGAUGUGGGAACUCAAACAAACAAGCAUCAAGAAUCUCGUCUUUGAAAGAGGUCUCUGAGUCUGUCGUAGGGCUGGGCGAUAUGUCCUCAAAUCAAUAUCACGAUAUAUUGAUCAGUUCACCUCGAUAACAAUAAAUGGACGAUAAUUACUCCUCAAGCUGCUCACCUCCUCCCACAUUAACUUCGUCUACUUCAGCCGCUCCAACUUUCUCUCCGUCCUCCAUUUCCUCACCUGUCUUUUCCUCUUUGUUACAGACUGGAUGGCGUGGAGUCACGUCUCUGACGUAGGACAGCGUCUUAAAGGGACAUGAGACCAUAGCCUACCUACACACAUCCAAAAACAACUUUUAUUUAUUUAUUUUUUAGACACCGAAUAUACCGAUACGGGCAAAAUGAUGUCGGUUAUUGUGGUAAAUUUUGGUAUCAGUAAAUUUUUCGGUUUUCCGCCCAGCCCUACUCCAUUGUCAGGUUCCCUACAAUCCUGUACAAACCCUUUUUAUCUAUCUUUUUUCAGAAUUAAAGUAAAAAAGUAAAAUAAGUAUCAAAUAUAAUAGUUUUAAAGAGGGUUAAGAUCAUAUUUGAGCUUUAAAACUUCCAGAAAUAUAAGGUUAUGUGUUACAUUCUUGCCGAUCACCUUCAUGUUAAAACACGCAUACGUAUACCUGUAUAUUAUCUCUAUAUUUUUACUUAUCUAUUAUUUAUCUCCUCUUUUACUGUAUUUGCACUGGAGUUACUGUGACUAAAGUAAUUUCCCCCCUGGGGAUUAUCAAAGUAUUUCUGAUUCUGAUUCUGGUUCUGAUUCUGUUGCAGGAGUUCCAGCCGUCGCUGCAGGAAAGGAGGAAGGUGAUCUGGGCGAGUACAGGAACAAACUGCUGUCAUUUCUGGAGAUUUCCAUCAACUAUGAACCGGCCAGACUCAUCAGUGACUUCCCCUUUGACGGUAAGAACCGGGUCAGGAAGAACCGGAGUGUUUUUGUCGUGGAUAAGCUCCAGGACAAACCGAAAACAAGGUGUUUUUAACUUUUCCACCUGCUCACGUUCAGCAAACCUGGACGGUCACAGUAAAAAUAUUUAUAAGUCGGGGUUGGAGGGUGGGAUUUGCUCUUUUUGACCUUGUUUUCCACCUUAAAGGUCUGCUGGAGGAACGGGCUCUGCUCCUGGGUCGGAUGGGUAAACACGAGCAGGCGCUCUUCAUCUACGUUCACAUCCUGAAGGACACCCGCAUGGCUGAGGAGUGAGUCAUCCUGCAGAAACACGCAGAAAUGAACACUUCCAAAUUAACACGUUUAAAGUGACGCCACGGGAAAAAAAGUUUAAUUUUGUGUGAACUUUUUUGUACAUUUGUGCUCAUGAUUGCGUCUGUUUUUUCUGCAGUUACUGUCGCCGUCACUACAGCAGCUCCGUCGAAGGAAACAAAGACGUGAGUGACUUUGAUUCUUUUCUUACCAGCUGCAGUUUCUCCGUCUCUGACUGACUCUGACUCUGCUGUCUUUGUGUUUUCAGAAAGCGCUCCUUAGAUAUGAUCGAUUAUUUACGGCUUACAGAAGACAGAGUUCAUGUUCCCUCGAAUAAAAUCCUCUUAUCGCAGAAAUUACAGCCAAUACUGACGGUUAUUUAUGUGGCGUUUAAUUGUUUCUGUAACCUGUAAAUAAAAAUGUUCUGGAUCAUUAAACAGGGAAUCAUUCAGCUUCAACUGUGUGUGAAAAAAGAUCCUGACGAACACUUUAAAUCAGAUUUAUGUGUUUGAAUUAAACAAAUAACAUCGCUGCGGUUCUUAGAGGGUUAGAUCUAUGUUAUGGUUGUUUACCAGCAUAUCUAUAUGAAAGAGAUUCAGGGCCACAAGAAGAGAAAAAACAAUUACAGAAGAAAGAUUUAUUUAAUUUCCAUUUUGAGAUUAAAGUUGAAAUUUAAAAAGUCAAAAUUUCGACUUUACACAUGUUGACUUUAAUCUCAAGAUUUCGACUUUAAUCUCAAAAUAUAAAUCUUUUAAAUCUAGAAGUUUUGACUUUAUACACCACAUUUUGUAAUCUCAAAAUUGCGACAUUAUUCACGACAUUUUGACAUUUCGUAAUCUCAAAAUUUCAACUUUAAUCUCGAAAUUUCGACUUUAUUGACAUAAUUUGGAUUUUUUUUUUUUAAGGUCAAAUUUUUGACUUUAAUCUCAAAAUUUUAAUUUUUUUAACCUAGAAAUUUUGACAUUAUUCACGACGUUUCACCAUUUUUUAAUCUUGAAAUUUUUUACUUUAAUCUCCAAAUUAAAAAAUUUUUAAUCUUGAAAUUUGACUUUAUUGACAGAAAUUGGAUUUUUUUAAUGAUAAAAUUUUGACUUUAUCUCCAUCCUGUAAUUUUUUUUUCGUCAUGUGGCCCUAAUCCUCUUUCCUACGUCUACCACGCUCCUCUCUCUUUUUUAAGUGUCUUUUUUUUCCUGGAUCUUCUCACACUUUGGCAAAAAUGAAAUCAUCUCCUCUUCCUUCAUGAUUUAUUUUCUUGGUUUUAUGAAAGAACAGAAGAAGCUCUCGUCGUUGAUAGAUACUGAUGCAGAGAUGUCUAAAUGUGAAGUAUGAACCUCCUCGUUUCUGCAGGUGUAUUUGUCUCUGCUGAGGAUGUACCUGUCCCCUCCUGACGUCCACUGCCUGGGGCCAAUCAAGAUGGAGCUGUCUGAGCCUCAGGCCAACCUCCAGGCGGCUCUGCACGUCCUGGAGCUGCACCACAGCAAACUCAACACCACAAAGGUAAACCGCAGCAGGGGGACUGAAGUAAAUCUCUUAUUAUUCAUGUUGAAUUAUCUAAAACUGGUGCAGGACUUUCACAGACUCAAAUUCAUGUCACAGGGAAUCAAUCCAAAUCAAAUCAUCGUCCUAUCUUUGUGAAAAUAAAGCAGUGACUUCACCUGUUUGAACAUUUCAUUUGUGUUAUGGGUUUGUUCUGUCGAAGGUAAUAAAUCUGCUGCUUCAGAUCUCCACCAGAGUGCAGAGGAGUCUGAAUAUCUCUAUAAACGGCUGAUUUAACCACCUGAACCCAGAAACAAAGCUGCUCAGUCCAGAACCAGCUCCUGACCCAUUUCCACAGUAAAUCACUGACCGCUGUCUCGUAAAGGAGGAUGUCCUUUACUGAAGAAAGCUUUUAUAAAGCUUAUAAAACAUGUAACGGCUCCCAUCACAAUCCAGCCGGAGAAAAUCUGUCCACACAGUCCAGAUCGAGGAGAAAACAGUCGCUCAGCAGAUGUUUCUCUUCCUCUCUGAAUCUGAUGUUACAGGAACAGAGACCCCCGGCUUUAAAGGGCUUCCAUUAUGUCUCUGUAUAUAUUUGUAAAUGCUGUUUCCUGACCUGUGAUUUAACGUGGAGAUGAGUGAGUCUGAAAGGCUCUGCUGAUCUCAGGUCAGACACACCUGUCGAAUUAAAGCCCUGCGGGAGAAAAGUGCAGCCUGAUGCUGCGUCCCUCUGUUCAAAGCUGUGUCUCUGAGCGUUUUUCAUCCGGAGCUGCAACUAAAAGAUUAAUUUCAGACCUAAAAGUCUUUGAGUGUUUGCUAAAACUCUCCCUCUGUGCUGCCAGAGUGUGAUUAGACAGUUUGUGCUGAUUCAAUUUAAUUAAGUGGAGUCAGAGGACGACAGGAAUGUGGGGCCUUUAGGGUUUUUUUCACAAAGACAGAAGAGAGGACAGUGUGUAACAUGUAACAUUUGUGUUUGAGUCAUAACUAUAUAUUUUUUUAACAUCCCGGUGUUUAUGUGUGUUUCCAGGCCAUUAAUCUGCUCCCAGCGAACACUCAGAUCAGAGAGAUCCGAGUCUUCCUGGAGAGCGUUCUGGAGGAGAAAGCACAAAGGAAACGCUGCAACCAGGUGCUGAAGAGUCUGCUGCAGGCCGAGUUCCUCAGGGUGAGUCCUGACGAUGACGAGGAGGAGGAGGAGGAGAUAUUUUUAGAGAUAUUAAGAAGGAGGAUAUAAAUAAAAAACACUCAGCUGCUCUCUGCUCAAGUUUAAAAAGUCUAGAUUAAUUCACUCAUUCACUUUUUCAUAUAUUUAUGUAUAUAUGUGUAUAUGUUUGUGUGUUUGUAUAUAGUUAGUUAUUUAUUCAUUCAAGUGUCAUGCACACAAAGUGCCCAACCCACAUGGGAUUAUAAAACACUAAAUAAUAUGAACAGACAGCGUUGCAAAGUGUGUAAACCGUAAAAAAAGAGGAAAAAUAAAAACAUAAAAGUAUACCUACAAUUAUAUCUACACCUGUCAGCUACAUAAACUCAAAUCAAUGCACAAAACAUUUUUUAAUGUUUCCCAGGCCUUAUAAAUAAAAUUAGUUGUAUAAAAAAACUCCUAUUUUAAAAUAUAAUUCAGGUCUCUCAUAAUCAUCCAAGUAAAAGAAAUCAUUGGAUAACAAACUCGUUUUCUUGAAAAAUAUAUGUCUUAAUUUGUCACACAUAUAUUUGUCAUAAAUAUAUUUAUUAUUAUCAUGCAUUCUUUAUUAUUACUAACUUAUUUAUUUAUUUUUUAUUAAUUUUUAUUUUUUACUACCUGUAAAAUCAGAUAUUUAUUCUAUUUAUUGAUCUUAUUAGUCUAUUUGUUUAUUUAUUUAUUUAUUUAUUUUAUUGAGUAUUAAGACUGUUGUUAUUUAUUUAUUUAUUUUUAUCUAUUCAUACAUUAAUUUAUUAACUUAUUUAUUUACUCACUUUUUCUCCUCCUCUAUCAUCAUUUAGUUAUUUAAUUUUUUGUUGUUUUUUUUUUGACUUUCAUUUGCUUUAACUUUACAUGUCCAUCUGCUGGUGCAUGGGAACGGGGGGUUGGUAUCUGUUCUGGGGUCUGCUGAAUUUUUCCAAUUUCAAUAAACAGACUGUUAAAAAGAAAAGAAAGUUUAGGUUAAUACUACGUACAGAUGGUACACUGACCUGGAAUGAGGAAAACACGGCCUCCUUAAACCACUCAUGUCACCCAGGAUGGAAGAGGAAACUUCGUACCAACGUAGUUUUUAUCUGAAUGUUAAACACACGACUUAUGUAAGAGGAUGUCGACACAGAUGAGAGCUUCUCAGAUCUCAAACAUGAACCAUUUCAGCCUCAAACCGGCUCUGAGCUGUUGUGGUGGAACUGAAAACAGAUUUGACCUUUUGGAUUGUUUUAUUUGAUUUUUAUGUAACGCCUCCGCUCUGUAAAUCACAUGUCCUCUGUUUGAUUUCUCGCCCCCCUGCACAAUCAGAUCUCUGCGUGGAUAAUGAGCGGUUACAUCAGGGAUCUAUCGUUGGCAGAACGAGCAGACAGACACCAUCCCAACAACAACUUCAUUAACUUUCCUCGCUGAACUCUUCUUCUUUCGCUACACGUCUAAUUCACUAACUCGAUUUCUUCUUCGCUCACAGACAAAACAAACUCUCCUGACGUCUGUUUGCAGGCUAGACGGCUGAUUAUCUGCUCAGCUGCAGCACAAAAGACGGCAUCUAAACCGGCCUGGCUGAGGGACUUUGUUUGUCUGUUUCGAAGCUUUUUCUCUGCAAACCAAAUUUAAAAAACGCAGCCUGUCGGUUUGGUUGCUUUCUCUGCAUUUUUUUAAUCGUUUUUUACACUGAGAAAAACAUUAAAAAUGAGAUCAGAUUAAGUUGAGGACUACUAAGGGUUUAUGUUUGCUCUUUAAUUCACAAGAAAUAAAUAUUUGAGGAAAGUGACAAAAUCAACAUCAUUCCUAAUUUUCGGUGUUUUUUUCCCACUUUUUUCUUCCACUUUUCACCUCCUUCACCUUCAGGUUCAGAAGUAACAAAGGUUUUGAUCCCUACAUGAUCUCUGACUCUUUAAGGAGUAGUUUUGUACGAUCAUAAUCGAUAAUACAUUAAAAUAAAAUCCUCAAAAUGAGCCAGCGGGAGCAUUGAGAUGUUGAACAGAAGAGGCCCCAGGAUGGAGCCCUGGGGAACUCCACAUGUCAUUUUUGUACAGAAACAAAGUCCACAAGAGCGGUUAGGUGAUCGAUCAAACUUUUUCACUUUGUAAAAGAUAAAAAUAAGACGUUAAAGCUGAUUUGUUGUUCUGCUUCAUUCUGGGUCUUCAGGUGCAGGAGGAGCGGAUCUUCCACCAGCAGGUGAAAUGUGUCAUCACAGAGGAGAAGACCUGCAGAGUCUGCAAGAAGAAAAUCGGAAACAGGUAACGAGAUUGGCAGACCGAGGAUUUGACGUGUUAAAUACAGAAACUUCUGAUGAGAUCUGAAAACAUCGGACCGGUCCACUCUCAGUUCUGACUUUCUGCUCACUGUUGGUGGAGUCGACCCUUACAAACUGUUCCAGUCAAAUUUGACCCGUUUUGACUUUUAACAGCAGUGAAAAUACCCUAAACAUCAUUUUUUUAAGCCUGAAACUUGAUGACUUUUCCUGAAGCGUCACUAAAUAUUCGUCCUUUUCACUGAAAUCUAACCGACAGUAAACCCGUCUCUGUUUAUUCUUCUCUUUCAGUGCGUUCGCCAGAUAUCCAAACGGCGUUGUGGUGCAUUACUUCUGCUGCAAAGAUCGUAACGUGUGCCCCACUGAGCAGUAACGGCUCCCCCCACCCCCCCGAUAAAGACUGUUAACUAACAAACGACCCCGCCCUCCUCUCUCCGUGGAUCUCAACACCUGGACUUAAGUUUGAACAGCUGACAAUAAGAACUGGAACGGUCAUCGCGAAACUCUGAUGGACCUACUUCUGCUUUCAAAGCUGCGACUUUUCUUUCUCUCUGUGCAUGAAGAGGCAGACGAACGUCCAGGAUCGGGGGAGAGAAAGCGAGCGAGCGAGGGAGGGAGCAGCAGAGUCUGACAUUUGAAAAGCAUGUGUCACUGUAACGCUACAAGGGAUUCUCUGCCCUACACGCCGCCUUCAAGGAAAACAGGAGCUCUCCACAGACACAUGAAGAAGGUUGAAGGUUGACUUUGUUCUUGUUUUGCACUCCUCCUCUUUAACACUGUGUCGGCCUCAAACAACGCUUCAUACGCCAUAAUAUUAUAGGAGUGCUGUUCAAUGCCUUUUAGUGACUCUGAAGAUUGUACUCGCAGCGAGGUCAGACGUCUCUGUUCGCAUGUGCUGGUCCUCACUUUGUCUUACUGUGUUUGAGUUCAACGCCUUCUGCUCCAAACGUGACGCACAGAUUUUUUAUUUCUCAUCAUUUAGUGUCUUUGAGCGAGUGAAGGAUUUCUACCAGACAGUAUCCGCCCUUUUUUUUUGUUUCUUUUUGUCAUUUAAAAGUUUGAGGAAGUGGAAUUUUGAUUCAAACAGGAGCCAAAAAAUAGUCGUAAUUGGCCGGUACCUUCAUAAUCACAGCUAUCUCAGCCUUUCCAGUAAAUCUCCAGAUUACUUAGUUCGUCCCGGGGGAAAUUUAACUGGAACAAAGUGCUGCUUUAUUGAAAUACCUGCAGUUUUAGUCCAGAAAAACAGACUUCAAGUAUAUAAAAGUAGAACACAGCCUGCUGUUGUACUCCUUCCUCUCGUCCUGAGAUGGUUUGAGGACAAAAUCGCAAAGCAGUAGAUGGAUUUUUAACACAUUUGGACGUCUGAUUAUUGAUUUCUGUCAAAUUUUAAGAUUAAAUUUUCAUUAAAAUGGUUCAAACCUCUAAAAUGAGAGUUUAGCAGGAGGUUUUGGUCAUCUCAAGGUCGUAUGAACAAAACAAAACGAUGAAUAAUUCAGAAAAUAACUUCACUGUUUAAAACUCUACUACCUUGAUGCUAAAAAACUGCACUCCCUGGAUGUAAACAAACACAGCUGACUGAUUUGUUGUGAGUUUUCUCAGUGAUUUGAUGUAAAAAGUGGAUUAAACUGGUUUAAUCUGGUUAGAGUGAUGGCGGAGGUGCUAGCUCUGCUACUGUUAACUCCACUAAACAAACCAACUUACUCUCAUUUAUCAUUUAUCUCUUUGCACAAUAUCAAAGUGAAAACAGCGUCUCACCUGGGGGGAUUAAAAUAAGAGUUAAAUAAUAACAUAAUAAUAUUAGUUUCAGCACUGUUACAUUACUGCAGUUGUAUAUUUUAUUAUGUAUUUGCCUCCAUGACUAACGGCUCUGACAAACAGGAGUUAAACACCUGUGUGUGUUUUAAACUUAACUGGAGUGUUUCGAUGCUUCUGGUUCAACUUUUUUGAUCGUUUGAGUGACUUCCUGUUCUCACAUCCUCACGUUGCUCCCACACCAAACCGCAGCAGUUCAGCACUUUAACCUGGAAGGAUCUCCUCUGUAUUUACUGUCCGAUCAGUCAUAUCUGUGGUUUAAGGUACAUGUGUUUUAAAGGGUUUUGAAGGAAGGGUCCCCACUGUUCAAAAAUAAAAUAAAAAAAGAAAAGGUGAUGAAUGUACGUUUUGAGUCUGAGUUUGUGUCAGACUUUUCUUUUUACCGAGCUGAACUUUGGUGACUCGUUCACUUUUCCCACAAGUUGUAGCAUCGUCUUCAUCUCCUGCUCUUCCUCUUCCUCCUCCUCCUCCUCCUGCUCUCAAAGGUUUGCACUCAUCCUGUGCUCAGACUGUUUCUGAAUGGACUUUGCUGGGAGUGUUUGUACUUCGAUGUGUGUGUCGUUGAUGAUACUGUAUUAAGUCAGAGCGUGUAAAUGAAGAGGUGGUUUGAAUUUGAGGGGCGACCUGUUUGUGUGUCCGGCUUUAAUCAGUAAUAAAGAAGCAUUUCCACUCAGCUCUGUGUCUGUCUGAUCCACAGACCGUUUAUAUAAACAUGCUAUACUCUAAUCAAA